AGCCUCCGGCCGGGGCGACAAGCGCGGGGCGGGUCUCGCUGGCCCGACCGGCUGGGUGCCCAAUCGCCGCGGACCCGCCGAGCCCCGGGGGGCUGGCGGGGGGGCUGCCGCUGCCGCCGCCGGAACGUGCCGCGGCUGCGCCGACGCACGAGCGCGGGGCAGGGCGGCGGGCGCGCUCAGUCUGGCGGCGGCGGCCACGCGCGGACGGACAUUCCCCGAGCGCCGCAGCCGCCCGCAGCCCAACUGCGCCGCGCCGCCCCGCGCCGCCCGGGCCGAGCCCGCCCGCCCGCCAUGGUGUCAUGGAUCAUCUCCAGGCUGGUGGUGCUUAUAUUUGGCACCCUUUACCCUGCAUAUUAUUCCUACAAGGCUGUAAAAUCAAAGGACAUUAAAGAAUAUGUCAAAUGGAUGAUGUACUGGAUUAUAUUUGCACUUUUCACCACAGCAGAAACAUUCACCGACAUCUUCCUUUGUUGGUUUCCAUUCUAUUAUGAACUAAAAAUAGCAUUUGUAGCCUGGCUGCUGUCUCCCUACACAAAAGGCUCCAGCCUCCUGUACAGGAAGUUUGUACAUCCCACGCUGUCUUCAAAAGAAAAGGAAAUCGAUGAUUGCCUGGUCCAAGCAAAAGACCGAAGUUAUGAUGCCNCUUAGGAAAGAUUUAGCACCAGGGGGCUGAGUGUUUUAGCCACCCAAGUGGUCAUUGCUGCUCUCCCUUCCUGUGGACAGGGUGCCUUAUCAGAGAGACUCCGGAGCUUCAGCAUGCAGGACCUCACCACCAUCAGGGGUGACGGUGCCCCUGCUCCCUCAGGCCCUCCCCCACCGGGCUCUGGGCGGGCCAGCGGCAAACACGGCCAGCCUAAGAUGUCCAGGAGUGCUUCUGAGAGUGCUGGCAGCUCAGUGUGUACCUGCUGUUCCACCUGCAGGACCCGGAAAGUGGUUGAGGGAGAUGUGAAUGAGGGUGUGGAGGCAUGGGAGCCUCAGGUCCAAAAUCCCAUCCAAAACCCGCUGGCGUUUUCUGACGAUGAGGAGGAAGACCUGCUGGAUUUCAUGUACAAGUACAAGGCCCCUCGAAAGACGGAGUUUCCCUUGGAGGCACCGCCUAGAGUCCUUCGAUCUCACUUCCGGAAGAAAAGUACCUCAUCCUCGGCCACUGAAACCACGUGAGUGAGAUGAGCCAACAGCACCAGAUCCACAGAAUGUUUCCUCUCUGCCUUAAAGAGCUAGUCUAAUAACAGAAAUCCGCAGGCUGGUGUGCUCCGAGUGCAGCCUCACAGACAUGGCCUUUCCUCUCUCCCCUCUUCCACUCUGCAGAUUUUUCCCCUUUCAUUAUAUAGCUGGGGAGAGGCUAAAGGGAGUGUUAGUGUGUGUGUGUGGGGGUGACAUUUAAGUCUUCUGAGGUUAGUCAUUUUCCACAAUUGGAUUGUCAUUACAGACAGCAGUGUGUUUUUAGAUAAAUGAGAAUUGCCCUCACACUGCUGAGAUGUACAUUUGUAAUUUAUUUGUUGCAUACUUUGUUUUUAGUCCUGUAAACAGAGCAAUUUUUUAAAACUUUUUUUUUUGUUCUUGGUACUAAUACUUUGGACUACGGUGUACAUAUUUGUGGCUUGUGGCUUAUUAGAGUCGACAGCAAGGGCUGCCAGAGGUUCUGAUAUGUAAGACAAUAGCAACAACAGAAAUGUAAAAAUUUCUUUGGAUUCUAGAGAAUGUCUCAGAUGUGCUUAAAAAGCUUCCAGACACAACUCCAGUAACACAUCGUUUUUCCCACAGAAGGAUGAUCCGUAUGAAUUCUUCAGGCAGUUGCUUAGUAAGCACACUGGGGUUUAGAAUGAGAAACAAUAUUUUAGUGAUAGAGAUGAGUGUAAUGAGAGGCCAGUGUAACAGCCUAGAAUAAGGAAGAGCUGUGGGAAGCUCGUCUCCCCCUCAGACUUGGGAUUAGGAGCUUCUUAAUCCUUGUAUGGGAAUUAAUCAUUGCCGUAGGCAGGUGGCUCACUCUUGUAAAACUCCUUGGGGAUGUGGACUCACAGGGCUGCUGUGAGGAAUCCUUUUGAGUGUUUCAAAAGUGCUUCACAAAUAUUUAUCCUUCACAGUAAGCAGUGUCGUGACUUAAUUCCCCAAGGAGAGGAGCCUAGAAUCUGAGCACCUUGCUGAAAUGAACAUUUAAGCAAAAACCAGUCAACCAAACCAACAAUUGUUUUCAGAUAUGCUACGAAAUACAUGAGACACCUGUGUAACAAUCAAAAUGCUGGCUUCUAGAAGUUUCAGAGGUUGAGCUCUUUAUGGAUAUGACUUGCUGCUCAGCUCCACGGGAAGCUGUGGCUCACACAUUUCUGUUCUCUUCCUGGCUUGUGCAAAAUGUGAAUGAGAGAGGUCACAUGCUCACAGGCACCUCAGGUCUUAACAGACAUUUAAGACAAGCUGGGAUUGCUUAGUAGGAGAAUAAAGCACUAUCUGAGGGCACUCCCCUCUUAGAUUGAGAAUUUUAUCUGAAAAGAAGAAUCUGGUUUAGAUAGCAUUUUGGUCUGAGGUAGCUGCUCUCCCCUCAGGGAGCUGAGCCUAAAUGUAGGACUCAUGUAUUGUGCGUAGAGUUGGUGUUUUCUUUCAAUGUAAUGCAUGCAGUGGUCACAAACCAGUUACCUACAUACUUGGACUGUGUUUGUUCACAGAUAUGCCCUGAAAACUAGAGAUUAGUGUUACUUCCCACAUAGAAGUUAUUGUUAACCAGCUACAAACAGGCUCAGUUAAAGACUGUUCCAUUACUGAGCUACGUGAAUAUCUAUCAGUGGUCUUUGCUGAUGACGCAAAGGCUGGAUCUUCCCUCAGAAAGGAUUUUACUUGAAGUUGAUUGUUGCCAGAUGUGCUUAUUUAAAUUCCUUCUCCCCAUAAUUUCUCUGAAGAUGACUUUGUAAUUUACAAAAGGAUUUAGGAAAAUAAACUAAAAGCAAAUUCAGAGGGCAGGUAGAGGCUGGCUGUUCAUUGUGCCCUAAAUCCAGUAAUACCUUAACCUGUUCGUGCAGACAGAAAAUGUUUUCUUCAAGCUCACUGAGUUGUUUCAGACAGAAGAAAAAUAUACCCUUUAAGAUGUAUUUACUUGUUAGUUCGGAGUACCCAGAAUUUUCAGAAGUAGCUUAAUUUAAGCAGCUUUUUAGCAACUUUUUUUUUUUUUGCCAAAAUAAUAAAUGCCUUCAGCAGCAGGGGUUAAAAUCCUAUUGUGAACUAGCUGUAUUUUCACCAUUUUACAACAGAAAGUUCUAACAAGUACAGGCUAUCAAGUUUGCACUCAACUAUGCCAAAACAAGCUUGAAGCAUUCUGCUCUUAGACAUGCUGUAUUACUUCUCAUCCAAGAUUUAACAAAUAUAAAGGUGUCCAAACUACUGUCUUAAUGUAACUAUUUUUCCUUCAGGUGUUGAUUAGGGAGUUCGUUUCUCUCUUAAAAACAGUCACUGUACAACUGAAAGCAGCUGUCAUAUUUCUGGCAAAAUGUGUUUACUUAUCCAACAAGCUGUGUAUUUAUGUGUAUGGACUGAUGUAAAAUGUGAAUGCCUCCAAGUGUACACAUAGUGGCGUGGUAUUGUCUAGACGAUAUAACUGAAUGUUUUUAAUUUGCUGAUUUACAGACACAGGCUGUUUACAAAAUGCUAGCUUGGAAGUCUGUGAUUUUCAUGUAAUAACUUUUAGUUACUUGCCAUUGAGCACCUGUUCUGAGGAGGUGAGAUGUGUUGUACUUAUGAACUGGAGAGUUUAGUCAUAAUCCCUCCCAGCUUCAUGUGAAUAGCUUGCUCACUUCGCUGGCCUCUGAAAUGUGUUCUCUGUAGUAAACUGUACAUGUGUUUGUGGUAACAGUGCUUGUCAACCAUCAUCACCAUUGAACACCUUCCUAGUUCUUCACUUUGCACAGUAUUUGAAAUAGCAAAGAAUGUGCUUCAUUCUCAAAUGGCACACAAAGAGUUGACAUCCUGGAUUGUGAGUGUGCAUAUUUCCCCUAGUUUAUUACUGUAGUCCUAUAGAAUGAUCUGUAAUAAAAUAAUAUACUGGACUGUGCAUCAAAAGGAUGUAAAAUGACAGUAUUCCAAAGGAUGAAGUUCUGCUGUUUUGUUAUAAUGCCUGAUACACAUAUUGAAUAAAGUCUUAACAUUUUUCUUUUAAAAAACAUAUUUGUAAUGUUGGGCUUAUGAGGAAGAGAAAAUACUUUGAAAAAUGUGGAAGGUAGAAAGGAUUAGCAGCUGAGUGCUCAGCCACAACUGGCCUGGUGCCUAGUCACCUGGCCCCAUGCCUACUGCACUGAUUUGUUACAGUCUAUGAAGUCUGCAGUCUUGCAGGAAAAACAAUUAAAUGAUAUGAGUGUUUUGAAAACUAGUUGAUCACAUAAAUACACAUCUGGUAGGUGUUUUUACUUUUUAAAUUUACCAGUGGAAACUGGGAAGCUGAAAAUAGAGUAAUUCAUCUGGCAGGCAGCUCUUACUCUGCAAACAGACCUCUGGCUGAUCGUUUUCUUCCUUGGAACCCAUUUCCUCAUCUGCAAAUGUGGGAGGGCACAUGCAGGUUAG